CAGCUGCAGUCUUAGUCACUCAUCAGGUGAGCUCAUCGAUAUCGAAAAUCGCAUUUGUCAUAAGCGCGUGCCUCAUCGUACUUAACCGUCUAUAAAAUAGCGCCCGUUGAUUUGGCGUUUAGAUACUUAUAUGGGAUCUUCACUGACUACUGAAGAAGAAAAUCCUGUCGAAACUGACAGCGGAGACGAAAGUAGCGAAGAAACACAAGAUACACCGGAUACAGGAGAGAAAACAGUCAACAUGGCAGAAUUUAAGACGGGAAAUAUUGUCCAGCUCGUGUCAAAAUCUAGCUCCAAGACGCUGGAGAUAGUCCGCGGUGCAGACGGCCAACUUAUGCUUGACGGCAUGGGCCCGGAGGGGGCGCAAUUUCAGCAUGCCAACUGGACCGUGGUGAAGGAAGACAAAGACGUCAUCCGACUUCAUAACUGUAACAACUAUAUCGUAAUAGUAGACGGCAAAACUAUGAUAGUUAAUUAUCCCCCCGGUGCACAGCUAGGAUGUGAGUCGAAAUUAAUUGUGAGAAAACAUGGCGAUUAUUACACGUUUGGCUCCAUGGAGGAAAGCGACCAUCAUCUCGGCAUUAAGCCAGAGGGCGCUCUAAAGGCAGCCAGUAACACGAGGGAAGGGCCGCACGCUCAGUUCACUGUGAAGGUCUUGUACUCUCCCUACGCCCCAGAUGAGUACUAUCCAACGAAGCAGUAGAGCGCUGGAGUCACUUUGAAACAGGCAACUUCGACAUCAAAUGUUCAUGGAAAUAGCGGUUCAAAAGAAAAGAGAUAAUCAUUAUUUGAUACAGUGUAUAUUAUAUUUUAAGCUUUGAUAUGACUGAACUUAUUCACAGGAGGACAGGGGUGGGGUGGGUUUGAUAGGUGAAAUUAAUGGCGGGCCCAGCAUUCGAGAUCAACAAAGCCAUGUUUCACACACACAAACUUCAAAUUGACCGAAAUUGCAUGAUUAUUUUGAUAGAUCUUAUCAUGCAUGGUUCAUCCUUCCUGAAACUCUGCAUCUAUGUGGCGGUGAUGUGAAUGUCGUGAAUUUUAAUCUUAUUGUACCUGUAAUAAAAAUAAUUACUAUUUGUGUUUUUUUU